UGGUGUCGCUAUUUUCAACUGCCUCACCAGCUAAAGACUCACUCAUCACGUCUAUAAUCGCAACACAAGAUUGUCGUCUUGGUUUCCCAGCCUCAAUUCCUUACUGAUGAGGGACUUUCGGCCCGACUGACGCAGGGAGAUGGGGGUACUCAACAUUUCAGACCAGCCGCCUCUGGUCCAGGCCAUAUUUAACCGAAAUGCAGAUGAAGUGAAGUUAUUUUUGCACAAGAAAGAUGAAGUCAAUGCACUGGACCAAGAGCGCCGCACACCUCUUCAUGCUGCUGCCUGGCUGGGGGAUGUACAUAUAAUGGAUCUUCUCAUCAGUGCAGGUGCGAAUGUCAAUGCAAAGGACCACGUGUGGCUAACACCAUUGCACAGAGCAGCUGCUUCCAGAAACGAGAGGGCUGUGGGGCUGCUGCUGAGAAAGGGAGCUGACGUGACGGCACGGGAUAAGUACUGGCAGACACCACUGCACAUUGCAGCAGCGAACCGAGCCACGCGUUGCGUCGAGACCCUGCUGCCCCAUGUGAGCAGCCUGAAUAUGGCCGACCGCACGGGCAGAGCUCCACUGCAUCAUGCUGCUCAAAGUGGAUACCAGGAGAUGGUUAAAUUGCUGCUGAACAAGGGAGCCAAUCUGAGUGCCAGUGACAAGAAGGACAGGCAGCCCAUUCAUUGGGCAGCUUACCUUGGACAUCUGGAGGUGGUUAAGUUGCUGGUGUCUCAGGGCUCAGAUAAGAGCUGUAAGGAUAAGCGAGGAUACACCCCUCUUCACGCUGCUGCUGCCAGUGGCCACGUCGAUGUGGUCAAAUACCUGUUACGCAAUGGAGCCGAGAUCGAUGAGCCUAAUGCCUUUGGAAACACUGCUCUCCAUGUGGCCUGUUACACGGGACAGGAGGCCGUAGCCAACGAGUUGGUCAACCGUGGGGCCAAUGUCAACCAGCCCAACCACCGUGGCUACACCCCCCUGCACCUUGCUGCCGUGUCCACCAAUGGGGCUCUUUGCCUGGAGCUGCUGGUCAACAACGGUGCUGAUGUCAACAUGCAGAGUAAAGAAGGGAAAAGCCCUUUGCACAUGGCAGCCAUUCAUGGACGUUUCACUCGCUCUCAGAUCCUCAUUCAAAAUGGUGGGGAGAUAGACUGUGUGGACAGAUAUGGCAAUACUCCUCUUCAUGUUGCUGCUAAGUACGGCCAUGAGCUGCUUAUUAGCACCUUAAUGACAAACGGUGCUGAUACAGCCAGACAAGGGAUUCAUGGGAUGUUCCCUCUACACUUAGCUGUGCUCUACGGGUCCUCUGACUGUUGUCGUAAGCUACUUUCCUCAGGUCAGCUCUAUAGCAUUGUGUUGUCAAUGAGUAAGGAACACGUGCUCUCGGCCGGAUUUGACAUCAACACCCCAGACAACUUUGGGAGGACCUGUCUACACGCUGCUGCCUCUGGAGGAAAUAUUGAAUGUCUCAACCUGCUCUUAAGCAGUGGAGCUGACAUGAAUAAGAAGGACAAGUUCGGAAGGACUCCUUUGCACUAUGCGGCUGCUAAUGGCAGGUAUCAGUGUGUGGUGGUUCUGGUUGGAGCAGGGGCGGAGGUCAAUGAGCGGGACCGCUCCGGCUGUACACCUCUACACUACUCUGCUGCAUCAACUGCAUUCUGCAGAACGGACAGACCCCAUGCCAGCACUCAUCAGAACCAAGAGGAUGGGGAGAAGGAAUCCUUUCUGUGUGUGGAGCAUUUGUUGGACAAUGGUGCUGAUCCAUGUUUGUGCAACACUAAAGGGUACAGUGCUGUGCAUUAUGCUGCGGCCCACGGAAACAAGCAAAACCUGGAGCUGCUUUUGGAGAUGUGCUUCAACACACUAGGAGACAAAGAGAGCAAUGGGUCCAUCAGCCCACUACACUUGGCGGUGGAGUCGGGUCACUGGGAGUGUGUGACGGUGUUAAUAGAGUCUGGAGUGUGUGUGGAUGUGUGUGACCCGGUGGGCCGCUCUGUGCUGUAUUUGGCUUCCCAAAGAGGACACAGCCGCUGCGUUGAGCUCCUGCUCAGCCAAUCAGCUUCCUGCCUCCUUGCAGAGCACCGCAGCAAAUGGGGCCCUCUUCAUGUUGCAGCUGCCAACGGCCACUCUGAAUGUCUGCGGUUGCUGUUGUGUAGUGAAGGGGGAGCCGACCUGGUUAAUGUUACAGAUGCGGAGGGGCAAACUCCACUAAUGCUGGCGGUGCUGGGGGGACACACUGACUGUGUGCAUCUGCUGCUGGAGAGAGGAGCUUGUCCUGACAUGAAAGACAGGAGAGGAAGAACAGCCUUACACAGAGGGGCGGUGAUGGGUCGAGAGGACUGUUUAACCGCCCUGCUGUCCCACAACGUCUCAGUCCUUAGCAGAGAUUUCCAGGGGCGAAGCGCGCUCCAUCUGGCUGCCUCUUGCGGUCAUGCCGACAUCCUCUCCAACCUUCUUUCUGCUGCUGAUCACUCCCAACCCCAAGACCCACUCACUGACCGCCACGGCUACACACCCGCUCACUGGGCAGCCUAUCACGGUCAUGAAGACUGUUUGGAAGUUUUACUUGAACUUAAACCAUGUAGUAUCCAGGAGGGAAACCCCUUCACCCCACUGCACUGUGCUCUCAUUAAUGGCCAUAGUGGUUCUGCAGAGCUGCUGUUGGAAUCCAGUGUUUGUAAUUCGCUGGUAAACAUCAGGGAUGCCAAAGGAAGGACCCCACUUCACGCGGCCGCAGUUGCGGAGGACGUGGCUGGGCUGCAGCUGGUUCUGCGGCAAGGAGCAGACAUCGAUGCCGUGGACCACUCAGGCCGUUCUGCACUGAUGGUGGCUGCCGACUAUGGCCAAAGUGGUGCCGUGGCCCUGCUGCUGCACAGAGCCAAAGCUGAUCUGUCCCUCCUGGAUGUGAAUAAGAACACUGCCCUGCACCUGGCCUGCAGCAAGGCUCAUGAAAUGUGUGCCAUGCUGAUCUUGAAGGAGAUCCACAACCCUAUCCUCAUUAAUGCAACCAACAGUAUGCUUCAGAUGCCCCUUCACAUUGCCGCCAGGAAUGGUUUGGCCACUGUGGUUCAGGCUUUGCUGAAUCGUGGUGCCACCGUGCUGGCAGUGGAUGAAGAAGGUCAUACGCCAGCCCUGGCCUGUGCAUCCAAUAAAGCUGUUGCUGACUGCCUAGCUCUCAUUCUGUCAACCAUGAAGCCUUCCUCCUCCACAGCCUCUUCAUCCUCGCCCUCUUCGCCCAGCCUCAACCUGCUCAAGCACUGUGGCAUCACCGCCGCCUGCCCCCCUCUGCCCAAUGGAGGCCUUCGCCAUGGUUACGGCAAAGAUCGCCAUGGUGCUACCAUCGGCUUGGAUGGCUGCUUGACCGAGUGAGGCGUUCUUACUCGCUAAAAAAAAAAUCGCGUGGUCGCUUGGUUUGGUCCUCUCUACACACCUAGAUAAACCUAUAUGCAAUUACAGCCACACAUCCCUCCUGUGCCAGUAUCGAAGCUUUUCUUAACGUCUCCAUAGAGAGCGAACAUGAGAGGACGAGUUUAGCUAUUUAUUUUGUAUUUAUUUUCCCCUACUUUCCCGUUCCACCCCCUCAUCUUAGAUACUGUCCAUUCAAUACAAGUCUAAUAAGUCUAAAAAUCUGAAUCUAAGCCAUCUAUUCGAACCAGUAUCCAUCACUGGCGAGUCAGUCCUUUUCUUUCUUUCUCCAUUUCGCUUGAAUGGACUCAUGUUAGAGUUAUGCAGCUGUGUGUCUUCAUGGUAACAGUGAUAAUAGAUGGGUUUUCAUAUCAUGCCUCCUAUUUGCGUGACGCUGUGGCCUUGCAUAGGAAUUUACAGCCUGCCCUGAGGAACAAUUUAAACGGGUUACACUAGAUUUGCAUGAAUUUGCGGGACCAUGUAUUUGAUAGUGGUCUUGUUUGUGUGUGUGGUUGAGUGAAAGUGUGUACGAAUGUGUGCGCGCGUUUGUGUAUGUGUGACAUCCACUUUUGCGCAGCAGUCCAAGUUUUUCAUCCCAUACUUGAUUCAUGCGUUUCGAGGUUUUUAUGUGAGGUGCAAUCUGAUUUAGCACAGAUCAGGAAAAAAAACUAAACAAACAACCUAACAGAAUCUUUUUGACAGAAGGGAAACCAUACUACCUUAAGCCAAAAGACCAAUGACCUCCUGGAUUCGAGAGGUCUGAUUAUAUAUAAUGUUUGUUUACUGUUAGAGAGAAAAGGGAUCGCGUUCGGAUGGGCUUUGAGGUGGUUAAAUUGAAAUUAGGUUUACAAUGAAGGUAUUAGGUAGUCCUGAUCACUGUUUGUAGGUGGGCAGAAGAAAGAGGAGUAUAAGUGUCAUUAUUUGGGGGUGUUUUAAAACAUUAUGAUGAUAUUACACUAAGGAAGUAUAGAAAGCACAAACGUCAUCACAGAUGCAAUCGUCAUACACAGUACUUGCUCCUUAGGACUUUCGCUUUAAUUUAUUUUUGAAUUUUUUAUUUUUUUUGGAUCAUCGUAUAUCUUCAUUUAAAUCUCCUGCUUUGUUAGUUGAAGUUUCUAAUAUUUAGCGUGGAGUUGCUUUCACGGUGCCUACUGAAUUUAGUUUUGUCUAUCUAGGAUCCGAUCAGUUCAACAACACAAUAUGCGCUCCCUCUGAGUCAUCAAAAUGGUGCUUUGACCAGAGAAACUUGGGUUGAGUAUUUCACUAUAAUCCGUUAUGAACUAAUUUCUGAUGAACAUGUGAUUCUUAUAUCAGAACCCACUUGGGUUGUUUUAGACUCUGGGGGAGUGUAUAGGUUGACUUGAAGUGUUGAAGCUGAUCGGGUGUUUUUUUAUGUUUGUUUAUGUUGUUGGGGAGCAGUCAUGCGUAUGACCAAAGUUGAACGAUUUCUAAAUACCAUUUAUUAGGAACUAAUAGAUAUCCAAAAAAUAAUAAUAUUCACCCUUGCUCUUUACAAAAUGCUUCCUUAUUGCCAAAGGUAGAUUAAUUAAAGUUAAGAUUGUGCUUCCAUUAGGUUUUUGCACCUAAACACAAAAUAAGAACAUGUGAGUGAGUGUUUGAAACAUCCCUUUUUUUUGUUUGUACACAACAAACAGGCAAUAUAUGCUCAGUCAGUAAUGAGACAAUCAGUUGAAAGGGCUUUUAAUUUUGCCAAUAAUUUUUUAAAAUUACAUUUUCCCCCCGAAUUAGACAGCUGUAUAAAUCUAUACCCCCUUAAAUUCAAGACAUCUACAAACUGAUGCAUAUUCAGGCAUGAAAUGUGUGGUUCUCAGUUAUUUUUCAUUACAUUAUAUCAGGCGCUUAGUGAUGUAGAGUAGCUUCGAAGUAUUGUAACAUUACCUGAUGUUUUAUUGGUGAAUGAAGUUGCGUAGACAAACAAAAUGGUAACGUUAGAUGUUUAAAGGCUGUGUGGAGAGCGUAUUUAUACUGAUUUAUGACCUCUUCGUCAUGAUAAUGACAAGUUUUGGCUGCUUAAACGAGUUUCUCCGCUCCACGCAGGCCUGAUUUAAAGCACUUGCUUGUUAAGGAACAAAAAAAAAAUGAAUAAAACAAAAUAAAAAAAUGCGCUUUUGCAUCUGUCACAAGCUGUAAAUGGGCUAAUAUCUGACCUCUACUUGCAAGAGUACAAACAUGCAUGUCUGCAAAUUAGAUUAGUGGAAUUAUACCGCAGUGUUUUUGCCUGAGAAAUGGGCAAGAUGUGGGAGUUUAGUUCAAGCUUAUUUACCUCAUCAAGUACAAUGACUUUUGCUGCGGUUUGGUGUAGGAGAGGUAACGCGUGUGUGUAGACAGCACAGGGUACGAUAAUGAAGUGCAAGUUGAUGAUGAGCUUGAAGUUAUUUGCACUGUCAGUUAUACUGCUUGUAGUUGUAGUACAAAAAAAUGGUUAUUUAUCAAUUUUAGUCUAGCCAGUCAUACCACAUGUAGUUGAGUCGGAAAACAAGUGCCCAUUGAGCCUGUGAUUUAGUACAUUUCAUUUGGUGCAAGAAAACUGCUGCUUUCGAUUGUAUUUUGGAGCUCUUUUUUUCUAUUUAUUAGCGAUAAUUCUUAUCCAGCCAAAACAAACUAAAACGUACUUGUUUUAAUUCCUCAAAUUUCUAAUCGUCUUAUUGGCAUUGCACUAAAAUUGUUUCGUCGUCGAAUGUACGCCGUGAUGGUAGCAGCUUGUUUCGAUGUUGGUAAAAAUCUUGUAUGCAGUAGAUAGCAAUUAAAUAAUUCACUUGACAACUUUGGAACUGAACCCUUUUAGAACUUUUAAUAGACUUUGGUGUUCUGUGUGUGAACAAUAAGGGAACUGGUCACAAAGUGGCAAGACUUCUUUUUUAGGGUAGAAAAUAACUGAUAAGGGGAGUUUCCUCCCGAAAAUAAAUCAUUUAGUGCCAUAACUUCAUUUUCCUUUCUCAUUUUGAUACGUUUGUAAAAUGUGAGUGAGUGAUUCCUUGGGUUCAGUUUUUGAGUGUGCGUCAAGACCAUUACCAAAAAAUAAAAAAAGACAAAAAUUGCAAGCUAACAUAAGCUAUCGUGCCCAUUACAUAUAUUUUUGGAGAUCCUCAUUUGGUGUGCUGAUUAUUGUAUAAUGCCAGUACGUUCACAAUCAGACUGUCUCAAAUUGCCAGUUUAUUCAUAACUAAGCUAUAAUGAAGGGCUGGUUAGCCCUUGGUGGAGUUCAUCUCCAUCUGUUGAAGUGAAAGCUUUCAUGGCUAAGCUGUGAUUUAGCAUUUGCCCUCAUCAAUUAAAAAGCCGGAUUGAAUCAUCUUGUCAACGGCUCUUUCUAAUCUAAUAUUUUAUGAAUAUUCCAUUGUACUCGAUCAUACCAUUGAUAAUUUGUGGUUUAUUUCUACACAGUGGAAUUAUGAAACGCCUUAAUUUCAUUAAUAAAAACGAAGGGCAAAUUUGAACCAAAAUGAUGCGUUUACCUAGCUUUUCUCCUUUUAUUCUGGAUCAACAAAUUGUGCAGUUUUAAAGAGCUCUUGUUUUUGUUUUGUUUUUUACGCAACUUUGCUAUGAAGGGCCAGCUUUCAUUGCCUGUUGACCAAGCUAUAAUGGUUGCAGUUACUUGCAGGCAGUUGGAAACUAGAGUCGUCUAAUAAUUGUAACCAUUUUGUUGGAAAGCAGAUUAAUUGUAGCUAAUUCAGUGUCCUUAUUGUAUGUCCAUCCUUGCAUUUUUGUAUUGAUAUAUAAUUUUGUUUUCUUUUCGCAAAGGUAUUAAUGGCUGAUAGAAUGUCUGAUUUACCUCAGCGGACCUCGGCGUCCCUACUACUUGAAGACACAUCCAUUUAAGGCAAUACUCAAAACACCCGUUUCAUUUAACCUAUCUCCCAACUUUUUGCCUUAAGAGGAAACGGUAUAGUUCAGCAGUCGCAGCACUUGAGAGAUUUUGUCGUUAACCUGGGAUCUCAUUUGGGUGAGAUUCAAAAGAAGCACACUGUUCUAUAGGUUGUUUUGCUGAAAGAUGUACCAUUAUGGCUUCCGGCCUCAAAAUAAUCAUUUUUCAUGGAAUUUAGACGUUUUUGCACUAGAGCAUAGAUAAAAUUGAGUGUCUUUUUGUUUAAUACGUGUGUGUCAAAUAUUUGGAGAGGAUCAAAUUUGACAGUACAAUAACAAAAGAAAAUCUUUGAGGGAAAAUAGCUAGAUAAUGUUGGAUUUAGAAGUUUUAAAUGAAGUGUCCAAACUGAUCAUUACUUAAAUAAUUUAAAAUCAGUUUUGAAACACUUGAUAAGAUUUGGAAAUACAUUGGAGGAAAAAAAAGUAAAUAUAAUCAUCCAAUGAUGAAUUCUUUUAUAGACGGUAUAUUUUAUCCCCAUUUUUCUGUCUAUUGAUUGAAACAUUUAGUGAGUAAUAAUGUAUGUGAUGUUAAUGCAAAUCUUUCUAACAAGGUAAGAGCACAAGAUGUGCUGUAUGUAAUUCUUCAAAACGUGUGGUUUGAAUUGCCUAGACGUGGCAGUCUUACCUCAUCAACUAGCUGUCCUUAAAAUCUAUCGUGCUCCAUAUACUGGUACAUGACAUUUGGGGGGCUUUUAGUUCCGCAUGCACCAUGCAACUGGAAUCCCAAGGUCACGUUCGAGGCCUUAAAAUGGAAAACGUCAGCAUUUUCAAAGGGGUGCUCUUGAACUUAGAUGAUGUCCUUCACCUUGGCUUAGUGUUACUUCAUGUUUUCACUUGGUAAGCGCUAAUAGUUCAAAUUGUAAAUCUGUAAGCGAAUGAUCUAAUCACAAAGAAAAAAAAAAGCUGCUUUUUGUUGUUCUCGCCAGCAGCUUGUUUUCAUAAGGCUAGUUAGAAGACCACCGGAGCCUGACUGAAUGGCUGAUCUGACAGGGCACAUAGGGAUCCCUUUAAAAUACAUUUUCAUAUUUAAAAAAAAAAAAUUGUAAAAGCUAUGCAGGAGUUUUCUUUCUUUUUAUCUCACGGAGUUGCAUAGUGCCAUCAGAGAUGGCCCAUUGACCGACCGAUCGAUCACGGACCUUCAGAAGUUCAUCUGUAAAUCUUAACACCGACCUUACUUGCUUGUUGGCUUGGGUUGAGAGAAAACAUGACUGCUUUGCGUGGCAUGCUGCUAUUUCUUUGGAGUCUGUAAGCAUCUCUUCAUCAUCUCUUUAAAGUACUACACUUUGUGAUGAGUAUAUGUGGGAUUGUGCCUUUUGUUAUCAAGUACAUGCCACAGGGUAUGGUCUUCCAUUAACACCUUUAGUGAGCCUUAUGAAUGAACAACUGUUGUACGUUUUCCGAAAUAGCCACCAUCUACGUGGUUUGUCGUUUUGAGCCGCGAUUUAAAAUUUGUCGCAACACCGCUGAUAAAUAACAUAACCUUCAAAAAAAAAAAAACAUUUGAUCGGUUCUAGCUAGUGACCUGUAUGGAAUAAAAACGUGUUUAGUUUUUACAAAGUGUGAACUCUUUAGUGAAGUAGACGUGUGCCGUGUCGUUUUCGUGUGGUAAUGCAUUGGAGAUUAGUUGUAACCCAGUGUCUUGUAGAAUGUUGGCAUGACUCCUUUUCUGUAUGUUGUAUUGACGUCAAAGUAUCCACCUGAAAUGGACUGAAGUGCAAUAAACUUUUUUUUUUGUGCGCCAUAGUAUCCUUAAUGGAGGAAAAUGCCCUCUUAUGUCAUCCAUCUUUUUUUUUCUGUCAUUGUUGUCAUCAUUUUUUUGUUUUUUGUUUGUUUUUUUUAAGCAGGGUAUGUAAUUUCACUUUCUUUUUGGAUUGUACAAAUUUGAACUCCUUCCUGCUUUGCCUCCAUAAGUGGCACUUUCUUGUAGAAUGUACAAUGGACUUGGUGGAAACUGUGAUAGGUGUCAAAGCCUUAUCGAUACUUUGCUCACUGGAAAGAUGGCAUUUCUGUUUGUUCGAUAGGUCAGAGAGUGCCGUUUUCUGUGUACCUUCUUCAGCGCCACUUUAAAGUCCGUGUCUGCUUUUGUGGCAUGUUAAGCAUUUGUGUAUAUGUGUGUGGGGGGGGGGCCGUUCAUUUACCUCGAAUCAAUUGAUUUGAUACCAAAAGCAAUCGCAUAGAUUUCAAGUGAUUUUCAGAUUAGAGAUGCGAGAGUAGAUGAUUUGGAAACGGUAUCUUGAAUGUCGUCAGUUAAAUAUAUAUGCAGGGUUUUAUUUCUCCCCACACAGCAUUUGAACUUUGGGCCAUAUGUUAUGCGGUACCAAAGAUCGUUUCCAAUUUCUUUUUUUGGAAUUAUUCGUCAUCCAGAUCCCAGUAAUCGUUGUUUAAUGUCUUUUGUAAAACAUAAUGAAACAUUCCUUUAGAAUUUCAUUGUACAAAAGUUGGCAGCCAAUACCAGAAGUCAUCGUAAUCUUUUAAGGUCCAUGAUUUUGGCCUCAAGCAAUCAAUGAUUUCAUAUUUGAUAUCACAGGGAGCACACCGAAUAAAGUAAUUCACAACGUAGGACCAAUGUUUGUCUCUGUUUGAGAUGGCCACUUGAUUUUCACUCAAGAACAAGCAAUACAAGUAUCAAGAGACAAUUGUAUAUUUCUAAAGAUUUGUUGGCUCUGGCUGCUUUUGGCCUGGCUAUGUAAUCUGUGGCACCUUAGGUUAACACCCUCUUCUUGUAACUGAAACCAACAUAAAGAGAUUUCAGUGCUGAGAGAGCCUUAUUUCAGUCAAACUGAAUGUGAAUUGGAUGCGUGCAGGAUUUGGCCAUUUCGAAGCGACUGGCUUUAAUCGAACAGACUUCCUGUGUUCUUCGUUUGAAUCCAGUUUCACUAGGACCCACCGUCUUUAAGACUUUCCAAAAGAUUGCUGUUACAAAAAAAGAAAUGAAUAAAUAAAUACUACACGGUGACUGUUUCCAUUGGCGAAACGCAGAACCAAACGGUUGCAUUAGUUUCUGAUAAAACAGGGUUACGGUCACUGCUUCCAAGCAUGCCAAGUAUUUGACUCAUCACGAUGAAGGAAAUGUGACCCUGGUUUGUUUAAAAAAAAAAAGAAAAAAAAAAAGCCACAAAUCUGCACUAUUUACUCCAGCGUUGCUCGUUUCGACGAUGGAAAUGGCCACAAUCGUGUAGGACAGCACCCAGUGUGUGUGUGUUAUGCGUCUGAUUGCGACAAGCAGGGGUCAUAUCAACCCUGUAUACCUCAUCGACAUAUCUGCAAAUAUUCUUAUCCUGUCUUUAAGUUGAAGUGUAGGAGAUAUACCAUCACCAGCAGAAGCCUGGGACCAUUGCAGGGUCUACCACAUCACACCGAUCCCAUACAUCAACCAAUAAGAUCAGCACUUGCUUGCGCUAGAAACGCCGCUUUUUUUUAGCCUGUCCCAUACCCCACACAAUGGUUUAGAAUUAGCGAAAAACGUGAGGCAUUUUAAGUAGCAUUAUCCUACCUCUGUUACAGCUUGAUGCAUUGAAAUCUCCACCAGUUGUUGACAAAUGGAAAUCUAUAUGUAUAUGGAACAGAUAAAUAUAUAUAUAUAUAACUUAUAACCAACAAUCGGUGAUAUAAGACAGCAGUUAGCAUACUUGACUGUGUGUCGGUCUGUGUGUAACAUGAUAUUUGUGAGUGUAUACACAACAGACUACCACUGGAAUGUGAAGCCAGACUGUAUUAUGAUAUUUUGUGUGUGUGUGUGCGCGCGUUGUUUUCCAUUUCUCCAACUUUCUCCAAUUAGAUUUCAAAUGAUGUCAUAUGUGUCUUGCCUCUAUCGCUUCUUUUGGUCUUUUUUUUUUUUGUUGUUGUUGACAAAACAGGGACAAAAUAUCAGCCUAUACUAGCUGGCAUUUACAUUUGUACUCUCCUUUUCCCUUUGUCUCUUUCACGUUCACUUCUAAAUGUUCACUGUGAGCGCUCUGAACUCAAGUUUACAGCUCUUCAUGGUAUGUACGUGCAUCUGGUCGAGUUCAGUAGAGUGCGUGGAUGGUUGUAUGACUUUGGUACUGAAGCAACAACUCAAUUUUCUACUGGUGGUGGGGGUUUGAAAGGGGGUCGGUUUGGUUUUGAGUUUAUGCACCUUCAUUCUGUACUAAAACGUGUGUAUAUAUGGGGUCUGUUGAGUUCCCUAGCCUUACGCCCUUCCGAAUACACUACGCCGGCCACUGGCUAAUGUGCGUUAGCUAUCCACCACCCUGCCAACUUUGUACCUCUGUACAUAUCCAUUUUGGACCUGGGGGGCGAAUUCGGUGGAUUCUGCCUGAAUCAGUCAGGACGGUCCCCCCGUGACCUCUCCCCCUCCUAGACCCGAGGAAGGAGAACCCUCACCCUUUCAACCCCACGAAAAGACCUCAAGCCAUUCAUUUCCUUAUGUGACAAUGCAAUCCUGAAAGCACUUUGCCUUGUUAAUUCAUAGUAUGAGCUUGUGAAUGGUUACUUGUUACUAACAGAUGUGAAACUCUGUACGUGUAUUUAAGUAAGGAAGAACAUAAUCAUUUUUAAUUUGAGCUUAUUAAAAACGAAUUGGUCUCUCUGACUUUAAAGACAAAAAAAAAGCUACAAAAACUAAAUAAAAAUCCCAUAUGUUUUUGUUAGUCAGGUUCAUGAACUGCUGCAGCCAGUAGGUCUUGUCAUUCAGUAUCGUGGCUUAGAAUUGGUAAUGUUGAAAUAAAAUGCUAUUGCUACAUA